UUUUUUUUACACCUUUCCACUUUAUUAGACGUUAGUGAGCGUCAGUUCCGUUGAACCUGGACUAAGGCUUGCUGGGGCUGGUUUGUAAGGGAUGCUGCGGUACUAAAAUCGAUGAUGCUCUGUUCGUGGUGCUGAAAUCUCUUGCCCUCUUUCUCUCCUUCUGUCCCACCCUCUAUCUAUCUGUCUCUCCUUCUCUCUCCUUCUCUCCCUUCUUUUCUGUCCCUCUCCUCCCCACACCUUCACGCUCACAAAAUCUUCUGUCAUGGCGUCUUCCAACAAUGUUACCCCCACCAACUGUAGCUGGUGGCCCAUAUCAGCCAUGGAUGAAGAUGGAAAAAUCGCGGACGACGAGGAGACCCAAGAACACAGCAUGGAUUCCAAGCCGUUCUCGAAAGACAGGCUAGUGCUGUACCACUGGACGCAGUCAUUCAGCUCUCAGAAGGUGCGGUUGGUCAUCAACGAGAAGGGCCUGCUGUGCGAGGAGAGGGACGUGAGCCUGCCAAUGACAGAGCACAAGGAGCCGUGGUUCAUGAGGCUGAACUUGGGUGAGGAGGUGCCUGUCCUCAUCCACGGAGACACCAUCGUCAGCGACUACAACCAGAUCAUUGAGUACCUGGAGUCCAACUUCGUGGGAGAUACGGUGGCCGCGCUGAUCCCUGAGGCUGGGACUCCGCUCCAUGCCCGGGUGGUGCAGUACCGGGAGCUGCUGGACGGGCUGCCCAUGGACGCCUACACCCACGGCUGCAUCCUGCACCCCGAGCUCACCGCCGACUCCAUGAUCCCAAAGUACGCCACCGCUGAAAUACGUAGACACCUGGCCAACGCAGCGUCAGAGUUAAUGAAGCUGGACCACGAGGAGCCUCAGCUCACAGAGCCAUAUCUCUCCAAACAGAAGAAACUCAUGGCCAAGAUCCUGGACCACGACAACGUGAACUACCUGAAGAAGAUCCUCGGGGAGCUGUCUAUGGUACUGGAUCAGGUGGAGGCCGAGCUGGAGAAACGGAAGCUGGAAUAUCAAGGUCAAAAGUGUGAGCUGUGGCUUUGCGGACCCGAUUUUACCUUAGCCGACGUUUGUCUCGGGGCAACGUUGCACCGGCUCAAAUUCCUGGGACUAUCCAAGAAAUACUGGGAGGACGGGAACCGGCCCAACUUGUGCUCCUUUUUUGAGCGCGCGCAGAAGCGCUACGCCUUCCGCAAAGUCCUGGGAGACAUCCACACCACGCUGCUGUCGGCCGUCCUGCCCAACGCCUUCCGGAUGGUGAAGAAAAAACCCCCCUCUUUCUUCGGGGCGUCCUUCCUCAUGGGGUCUCUAGGCGGGAUGGGGUACUUCGCCUACUGGUAUUUAAAAAAGAAAUACAUGUAGUGAUGGCCCUCCUCUAGUGUUCGGUGUCCGUGUAUGUGCGUGAUGUUUCAAAAUUUUCCGUAACAAUGUUUUACGAUGCAAGCGACAAAAUACGAAGUAAAAGUACAUAUAAAGACACUGUUACCUGGGCAAACAAAUCAAGAAUAAGAACAUUCCGUAGUAAGGAAUUUGUCACAGCAUCUAUUUUUGGUUCUCUUUUCCCCCCUUUCGUCCGGUGAAUUAAUGCCUUCAUUGUUUAAUUCUCGGUUCACCUCAUGUUGGCUUCUUCAUUUAUCGGCUGCUAGGGUUCCCAUAGUUUGAGGGAAUGCAUUAGGUCGCUCUCUCAACCAUUUAUUAAUUCCAAGCGUCGCAAAACACGGUUUUGCUGUCUGUGGAGGUUUUUGAUGCCUGGCGAGAAUGACAGCUCUUUACAGCCAUCCCUUUUGCUCCAAAGUGGAGCUGUUUUCAUUUUUAAUAGCAUAAGAACACAUCUGCUGUUUUUAUUUCUUAGUAUAUUAUGAUUUAGGAAUUCACCUCUAGCUCUGAAAUGUCAUUUCUCCUGUAGCCAAUCACUUGGGCUUUCCACUGAAGCCAGGCGAUCAAACAUAUCACCGUGUCUUUAUAACACUUUUUUCUGGCCGCCAGAUAGUACUGCCAGGACACAACUAAGACUGUGAUGUAUAGAUGGAAUCUCUCAUAAAAGACCUUUUAGAACACUGCAUGUGUGAUGUAACAGUGCAACACGAGCGCACACAGUAUUCAUCUGUAGAAUGUUAUAUAAAUUUUAAAAACUGCAAAAUGAAUUUUAUUUAUUUUCAUUUUCCAGCUUCAGUGGAGGGGCGUGGAGGCCUAAAACCAGGCCGAACCAGACAUAGCCAGCCAGUGGAGUCUAAAUAAGGCAGGCAGGAAGGGGACGCGGAAUAUCACAGGAAAGAGAAAACGCAGCAUGCUUUCAGAUAAGAGCGAGUAGGCAGAUUGUUAUGGCACUUUUCAAGAAAGUUCAUAAUACCCACUUAAGAUGCAUUGGUGUAGUGUUAUGUAGUGUUGAUAGGAGUAUAACGGACGCCCGCGUGCAUUGCAAUAUAUUGGGAUCAGGAUUGUGCGGCGCAUUUGCUAACGGGGAUCAAUAAGAGAAAGCAAACGCUGGACAGCAGCAGUUGCAACUUGCUUCUGCAGUCCUACAGUGGGCAGUUUUUUUUAAAUAGCCUACUGCUGGUGUGAGAAGAGAACACCUUGCACCUUGCCCUCAUGGGUUACCUACCCCGCCCACCAACCCUGCAUCUUCUGCUGGUAUGAUAGUCAAAAACAGGGUCCUUCUUAUAAUAACUUCCUGUUCACACUUUGCUAUUUCAGCCUUCGGAGACACAGAAAGAGACAAAGAGGUUCCAUAUUCACGAACCUGCUCAGGAAAGAAGUGCUGAUACAGGAUCAGGUUUCCUCUGACCGUAUCCGGUCCUUAUCCGUAAUGAGUAACACAGCUAAACUGAUCUCAACUCAGCACUCCUACUCCGAGAAGCUUUAUAGAUAGAGCUCCGGCCUUUGUUUAUUAUUUUAAGUUAUAACAUGUUUUGUGGAAGGGUAGCGCAGUUCUCCCGCAAUUCCUGGCCUGCUCUCAGCAAAAACCCUAUAAACCUCUUAUUGCGCGCUGUAGGUUCUUAUGGCUAUUGACGUCUUUGUCAUUCUUAGCUCGGACCCGUUAGCACGCGCGCGGAUUAGGCUCACGAAAUCUCAAACGUGAAAAUUUCAAGAUUAAAAAUUAAUAGGAUUUUCCACGUAAUGGCUUCGCAAUGUAGUAUGAAAUAUUUUCUUACGGGUUCAUAAAAUGGGCUGUGUGCUACUACGUCCCUCUAAAUGAUUUAAACUCUUGUUUCCGAAACAUCAUUGAUAUAACUGUCCGUUUGAAGAAAACACCUGUUUGGAAUUUGAGCUUGAUAGGUUACGUCACAGCAUGAUUCCACGAAAAUACGUAGGGAGCGGCGGUAGAGAGAAGAAUUUAAGAUCAUUUGCUUUCACUGCCUCUUUAAUCCGGAGUAUUUAUAAAGUUUUUAUUUUAUUUUAAAAGACAAUCAACCAAAGACAGUGACCAAUAAUAUGAUUUAUACUAGUAUAAUAUUCACCAAAUCCCUGAAACAAUAGAAAGGAAUCUGAUAGAUAAUUGUCCAAAUUUCCUAGUUACCAUAACGUAGUUUUAAACAUAGCCACGUUAUGCACAUUCUGACCAAAUCUUGCUUUCUUAGUAUUUAUUUACCAGCGUUAUGCUCUAUAGAAUCUGGAAGUAUCAGAAAACAUAUAACAAAAAAGUAAAACUCACAAAAUUUUAUUACACCUAAGGCUAGGGACAAAAUGCAUUGCAGUUUGACUGACAAAUAAUUUGAAUGGCAAAUAAUGAAAAACAUGUCUUGCUUUUAUACAAAUGAUACUAUAUUUAAACAUGAGUAUAAUUUUGGGUAAGAGAAAUAUGUAUGCAUACAGGGAACUGUAGACCAUAUGCUGAACGUCAGAGAUCAGUCUCAGUUUUUGUAGGAAAUACUUUCUAUGGAGGAUCUAAUGAAACAGCUGCAUAAAGCCUUGAUGAGCAUUACGCAAUCUUUCAUUAACUCCUAUGGUGACUGACAUGGAAUCAAGGGUGUGCUGUGUUGCCAGCCAUAUAACAUGGUUGUGACAUCACCAUAGCUUCAAAUCGAAUGCCACCCUAAUGACAUAUAUGAUGCAGAUGGUGACUUAACACACCGUAAGCCAGUCUAUGUGUAUUGGCAUACCUUUGGAUGAAUGCGCAGUGUUUAUGCAAGUAUACAGUAGCGCUUACGUCUGAGUCUGACGCGUAUCUGAAACUGUUACCCAAGUAAGUAACCCUUUACGACAACUUUGAACCUGAUUGCCUGUCAUACAUGAUACUUGUUUGUAAAAACAGACAACUGUCCGUAUGACAAUUUUGGUAAACGGUGGCUCAGGCUAAUCUUUACUAGAGCUUAAAAAUGGAGUCUACGUUUGAGCCCUGCGAAAGGUAGGAAAAGGAUCACAGACGCACAAUGUACAAAUAUUCAUGUCUAAGUGUACGUUGUCUGUGUUGCUUAUGUUAUCAAUAUUACUUUCUUGUAGAGGGGGAUCCCAGAAUUGCUGCAGCAACAUUAGCAUCAAUGUACAUUAUGACACCACAGAGGCGUUGAGGUCCGGUUGUUCCACAAGAAGCCAAUGUCAGAAAUACUUUUGUCCUAUAUACUACUGACAAUGAGCACGGUAUAACCACGAGUACAUUGUUUCACUCGAGCCAAAACCUAAAUCCCUUUUACCGAGCUGUCAAAUACCAGGCCUGUAUUUCAAGGCUUAGACAAAUCUCACAAGCAAGUAAACAACCACUUCUUGGAAAAUGAAAUCCUAGUUGUUCUAUGUGGCUACUAUACUUUACAAUAGUAUUUUUUUAAUUUGUAUUUUUUAUUUUUAUAUUUAUAAAUAUGCAUUUAUUUACGGUGCUUUUAUGAUGUUUGUUCAUAAGCCUUAAUUUGUUCAGUUGCCAUCAAUAAUAAUAAAAUAAAAAUUAAAAAUGUUAAA